CUAACUAAUCUCCCAAUGGAAGAAUACCCAAUUCUUGCUAAACUAGAAUCGGCGUGUUCUGAUCUUAAAAACGUUCUAAAAUUAUCUUCAAGUAUGCAAACAGACCUACAAAAACUUGAUGAAAAUCAUGGUUCACUAAAAGAAAGUUUAAAUGUAGCCUCAAGAAGGUUAGCGCCUCUUCAGACGCUCUCAAUUGCCUCAAAAGCACUUGAAACACGUAUCAACCGUGCGGUUUCACCUGCGUUGGUCCUCAUUGAUGGGUUCAAAAUAUCUGAAUCUUUGCAAAGAAAAGUUGUCGACAUUUCAACUAAACUUUCGGUUCAGAAGUCACAAAACAAGAGGCUUAGGUUACUGAUUAAAUAUGUUGACUGUGUUGAUAAGUUGAAUAUUGCUAUUAAUUUGAUUAGCCAAGAAGGUGGCCCCUCGAUCCAACGGUUGCAGGAAGUGGUGGAGUUUUUGAGUAGGACUAAAGCAACGGACCAGUUUAGAACACAUCGAUUAAGAGAGACUUUGGUCACCUUAAAAGUGUUAUAUGAAACCGAGGUGGAUUCUAUGAAGUUUGAUGGGUUGCUUGACGAGGCUUUAUUAAACUUACAAGAUGACUAUGAAGGAAUUCUGCUGCAGUUAAGGCAUCAUAAUGUUGGAGUGAUGGUGGAAGGUAGUGGUGAUGAUGGUAAAGAGUUGGCAGACGUUGCAGAGUUGGGGACUGAGAUGGAGGUAGAAGUUCUCAGACGAAUUUCAGAGACGCUUACUGCAAAUGAUUGCUUGGAUAUAUGUAUUGAUAUCUUUGUGAAGGUGAGGUAUAAGAGAGCUGCAAAAGCACUGAUGAGACUAAACCCAGAUUACUUGAGAACAUACAAACCCGAAGAAAUAGAUGAGAUGGAAUGGGAAAGCUUGGAGACUUCUAUAAGCCUAUGGAUCCAGCACUUUGAGCUAGCUGUCAGAACCGUUUUUGUUUCAGAAAAGACCCUGUGCAACCAAGUGCUCGGAAACAUCAUGGAUGGAAUGAUCUGGCAAGAAUGCUUUGUUAAAAUAGCUGACAAAAUCAUGGCAGUAUUCUUCCGGUUCGGAGAAGGGGUUGCUCGAAGUAACAAAGAGCCACAAAAGCUCUUCAAGCUCUUGGACAUGUUUAAUUCUUUAGAAAAUCUAAAAAACGAGUUUUACGACAUCUUUGAAGGGGAAGCGGGAUCUGAUAUAUGUUCUCGGUUUCGGGAGCUAGAAAAGCUUCUAAUUCAUGCUUCUACUAAAGUUUAUUGGGAAUUUGGGCUUCAGAUUGAAGGUAACCAAGAUGGGUUGCCUCCACCACAAGAUGGGUCGGUUCCAAAAAUAGUCCGAUACGCGAUUAAUUAUCUAAAAUACUUAACCACUGAUAAUUAUAGCGCGCCUAUGGCUCAGGUACUCAGAACUGAACAAAUAUGGAAGGCAGGUAUUUUGUCAACACCCGAAACAGAUGAAAACUUGCUAAAAGAAGCGGUUUCAAAUGUAAUGGAGGCUUUACAUAGAAAUAUCGAGUCUAAAAAGUCAAACUAUAAAGACAAAGUUCUUUACCAUGUGUUUACUAUGAACACGUAUUGGUAUAUUUAUAUGAGAACUAGGAAUACCGAGCUUGGGAAGCUAUUGGGUGAGAAUUACAUGAGGAAAAACUAUAAAGUUGUGGCAGAAGAAGCGGCUUACUUGUACGAGAAGCAAGCAUGGGGUGGGUUAGUCAGAUUACUUGACAAAGAAGACCUAGAAGAACUCAAGGAUGAUGGAAUCGGGACUGCUGCAAAGGCUAAGAUUGAGGCAUUCUUAAAGGGUUUUGAAGAGUGUGCUCAAAGGCAUACAAGUAGAUACAUCAUUCCGGAGCCUGAUUUGCGAGAACAGAUCAAAGAGGCAACCAUUAAGCUUAUUGUACCUGUUUACGCGGACUUUCUGGACAGGUUUUCAAGUGUAUUAGCAAGGAAAGCAUACUCAUCACCUGAAUCAAUUGAGGGAUUGUUGGGUCAGAUUUUCUCAGGAAAUGGUCGAAGUUCAUCAAUGGGUUCAAGGCGACGUGAGAGUAAGGAUCGGACUGAAGGGAGAAAUUCAGUGUCAAGUGAUAUAGACCAGAUGCCAGGACGGAAUUCAGUCAGUCGGUUCCAGCGAAACCGAUCAAAUGCUAGUGAUGCUUAA